CCGGACAAAUGUGACAUCUGGGGCAACACCCCUCUGCACCUGGCAGGCUCUAAUGGGCAUCUCCACUGCUUGUCCUUCCUGGUGUCCUUUGGGGCCAACAUCUGGUGCCUGGACAAUGACUACCACACGCCCUUGGACAUGGCGGCCAUGAAGGGACAUAUGGAGUGUGUCCGCUACCUAGACUCUAUCGCGGCCAAGCAGAGCAGCCUGAACCCCAAACUGGUGGGUAAGCUGAAGGAGAAAGCUUUCCGAGAAGCAGAGAGGCGCAUUAAGGACUGCGCUAAGAUGCAGCGCAAACACCACGCACGCAUGGAGCGGCGUUACCGGAGAGAGCUGGCCGAGCGGGCGGACACGCUGAGCUUCUCCAGCCUCUCUUCCAGCACCCUGAGCCGUCGUCUUCAGAACUUGUCUCUGGCCAGUCACCUCCCCUACUCCCAGGCCACCCUCCACGGGACAGGCCGAGGAAAGACAAAAAUCCAGAGGAAGCUGGAGCGGCGCAAGCAUGGCGAGGGAACUUUCAAGAUAUCGGAGGAUGGGAGGAAAAGCAUCCGCUCUCUGUCUGGGUUGCAGCUGGGCAGUGAUGUGAUGUUUGUCCGCCAAGGGACCUAUGCCAACCCUAAGGAGUGGGGCCGAUCCCCACUCCGGGACAUGUUCCUCUCAGAUGAGGACAGCGUCUCUCGUGCCACCUUGGAGCCUGGCCUCGGGGCUGAGUCGGCCCACUCAGAGGUCAGCACAGACUCAGGCCAUGACUCUCUCUUCACUCGCCCGGGCCUGGGCACCAUGGUGUUCCGGAGGAACUAUGUGAGCAGUGGGCUGCAGGGGCUGGGUCGGGAAGAGGGAGGGAUAGAUGGGGUUGGCACCCUGCGUGCCCGGUUGCGGCACUCACCAAGCCUGGAUGAUGAUAGCAUCGGCAGUGCCAACAGCUUGCAGGAGCGUCUUGAUGAAUUGCCUUGGGAUGAUUUUGACCUGGGCCUGGAUGAGGCCUUGGAGCCUGAAACCAGCCCACUGGAGACUUUCCUUGCCUCCCUGCACAUGGAUGACUUUGUGGCCCUCUUGAGGCAAGAGAAGAUUGAUCUGGAUGCUCUGAUGCUCUGCUCUGAGCUAGACCUCCAUAGCAUCAGCAUCCCCCUAGGGCCCCGAAAGAAGAUCUUGGGGGCCAUCAAACGCAGGCGCCAGGUGCUAGAGCGGCCCCCUGCUCUGGAGGACACAGAGUUGUAA